UCAAGAGAGCAAGCCAAGUGGAAGUGGAGGCAAUGUCAUCAUUGGUAAAAGAGGACUUGGAGAAGAAAUUAUUUACGCCUCUCUCUCAGAAUCUGUACGAGUUUAUUGAAAUAGAGUUCUCGGUCCAGGACAGGUACUACCUCUGUGUGUCAGUUACCAAGAAAGAAGAAGUAAAAAUAAUUAUGGUGAAACACUACAGAAUAGGUUUAGAUGAAAAAUAUGAAGUAACCAAAAAGUGGUCUUUGAAGGAUCUGCAGAAGAUUGAUGGAAAAGAAGCAAAUACAGAUAAUCCAUUUUUUGAUCUGCACUUCAAGAAAGUGUACCGUUUGGAAGCAUAUAGUUGUGCUUCCAAAUAUGCAUUUGCUCGAACCGUAAAUAAGCUGAAUCAUGCGUAUCUUAAAAAGGACUUACAGAUUGUGAACUUUGAUUCUACUUACAUUAAUGAUGAUUCCAUUUGGUCCUCCAAUAAUAAGGAUUGUUUGGUUCUUAUGCGAAUAUGCUUUUAUGCUUUCAAUCUUGUAUGCUUGUCCUUGUGUCCUCUGCCACUCUGA